GCCGGGUCCCAAACCGAGCGCACCCAACGUGCUCCGAAGUCAACGUAGUGACGCAACCGCUUUUUGUUGGCAAAUCACGAUGUACGCUGGGCGGGUAUUGUGAAGCUGUAGUUGAAUGUUAGCAGGCUAACUAGAGAAAGAAAGCUAACUAAUCGUGAGAGUGGAAGUGGAGCUAACGUUAAAGGAAAAGGCAACUGUCAAAACAGCAAAGGGAACAGAAAUUUUAGUGAAGUGAUAUUUCUGCUAGAUGACUACAUGAACAGAUUUGUAGCUAGUUAAUCAAAGACGGUGUUUGUCAGAUGCCCGAGGAGCAUUUUGGAUACUACAUCGAUUGUCCCAUUUCCAAACGGAAACCAUUUCUGGACAGACAGUUCGUGCUAGCUAGCUAGCUAGCUAAGUGAACCAUCCAGGAGGCUUUUCAUUGUCACCUAAAAACCAAAACUGAAUGUUUUGACUGUCAUGAGUCCGGCCGGGUGCUCCCAUGUGAACGGUUAUAAGGUGGAUAAUUGGAAACAAAAUCUUCGAGUCAUAUACCAAUGCUUUGUUUGGAGUGGUACUGCUGAGACCAGGAGACGCAAGGUGCGUCAGAGUGAUGCAGGAUGGACAGAGCUGGCCAAGUCGUGUAUCUGUCACAUGUGUGGCGCCCACCUGAACCGACUCCACUCUUGUCUCUACUGUGUCUUUUUCGGCUGUUUUACGAAGAAACACAUCCACGAGCACGCAAAAAACAAGAGACACAAUCUAGCGAUAGACUUAUUAUACGGUGGAAUAUAUUGUUUUGUCUGUCAAGACUACAUAUACGACAAAGACAUGGAGCAGAUUGCCAAAGAGGAACAGAGGAAAGCCUGGAAAUUGCAAGGCAUAGGGGAGAAAUACACAACAUGGGAGCCGACCAAGAGGGAGCUAGAAUUAUUACGACACAAUCCAAAGCGGAGGAAAAUCACUACAAACUGUACCAUAGGUUUACGAGGGUUAAUAAACCUGGGCAACACAUGUUUCAUGAACUGUAUUGUUCAGGCCCUAACACACACACCACUGCUGCGAGACUUCUUUCUCUCCGACAGACACAAGUGCGAGAUGCAAUCAAACUCCUGUCUGGUGUGUGAGAUGUCGCAGCUCUUUCAGGAGAAGGCUGACUCACUGUUGCGCUCUUUUGUCAAGCCCAAAGAGGGAGGGAGAGAGGAGGGAAAAAUCCUGCCUGAAAGGAAUGCGCAGAACCACAUACAAAUGAAUGAGCAGAAUGCAUUCUACUCGGGCCACCGUUCGCCCCACAUUCCCUUCCGGCUGCUCCACCUGGUGUGGACUCACGCACGUCACCUCGCAGGAUACGAGCAGCAAGACGCCCACGAGUUCCUCAUCGCAGCACUAGACGUACUACACAGGCACUGCAAAGGGGACACCAUCAGGGAUGACAAUGGGAAGAAGGCCAACAAUCCAAACCACUGUAACUGCAUCAUUGACCAAAUCUUCACUGGUGGCCUGCAAUCAGAUGUUACCUGUCAAGUUUGCCAUGGUGUUUCCACGACGAUAGAUCCAUUCUGGGACAUCAGUCUGGACUUGCCUGGCUCAUCCACGCCUUUCUGGCCCCUCAGCCCAGGAGGGGAUGGCAGCACAGUCAAUGGAGAGAGCCACCUGUCAGGGUCCACCACACUCACAGACUGCCUACGCAGGUUUACGCGGCCUGAGCAUCUAGGAAGCAGUGCCAAAAUCAAGUGUGGCGGUUGCCAUAGUUACCAGGAAUCCACCAAACAGCUGACAAUGAAGAAGCUCCCCAUCGUAGCAUGUUUCCAUCUCAAACGGUUUGAGCACUCUGCUAAACUGCGGAGGAAGAUCCCUACAUACGUUUCCUUCCCUCUAGAGUUGGAUAUGACGCCUUUCAUGGCAUCUAGUAAAGAGAGCAGAAUGAACGGGCAGUAUCAACAGACGGUUGAUGUAUUAAACAACGACAAUAAGUAUUCCUUGUUUGCGGUGGUCAACCACCAAGGCACAUUAGAGAGUGGCCACUACACCAGCUUCAUCCGUCAGCACAAAGACCAAUGGUUCAAAUGUGAUGAUGCCAUAAUCACCAAGGCCAGCAUUAAGGAUGUACUCGAUAGUGAAGGGUAUCUCUUAUUCUACCAUAAACAGUUCCUUGAGUAUGAGUAGUCUUUGUGACCACUGACCAUGAAGAACCACUGCUUCUAAUGACAGAGCCAAGGGACUGGGGACAGGAAGAAACACAAACACACAAACCUACCUGAAACUCUUUGACUACCAGUCUGCUCCUCCAGCUCUGGAGGACAAAAAUAAAAAGACGUGUGAAAUCAUGCAACCUUUCAAAAGAAAAAAAAAAAAACAAGCACUGAGCUACUUCUUGGCAUCUACUUGACAAAACUGAAUGAAGAGGAGAGAAGGAGGAAGAGUUGGGCGUUGUCAGUUCGAGGCUUGGGCAGAGGGAAGAGGCCCCACACCCCUCACUCUCUCUCCCUUUCCCUUCCUGCUGCAGGGGCAGAGUCUGAGCAUGACUGACUGUCAUGUUGAUUGGGCACAUCUGGAUUUUUCUUACAGUAUUCUGACCCCCUCCACCCCCCAGCCCCCUCACACACACCCUCCAUUUCUCGCCCAUGGUGCUCUCGUUUCAACUGACCAAGCAUUUAACUCAGUCAUGAUGGAAGACAGGUUGUUGUUAUAUGCACUUGGGACUGAACGCAAAAAAAUACAAAAUAAAAUCAACGUAUCAUAAACUUUGCAAGAACAUUUUUAAAGGUAUGGUUAUGAUUCUUAUAAUUUGUGAAUUUAGUUAUGAAAUACUGUAUCAAUUUAGUAUACAUCUAUUUUUAAGAGCAAAAAAAAACAUGGGUGAGCUUAGAGACGCUGCCUUUGCCAGUUACUGGGGAAGUGCUGCCAUGGAAACUGAACAGAUUUGGACCUGAGUGUGCUCAUGUUCCAUUAUUUACUGUGUUGAUUGUUUUGUUUUUAAGUCUGGUUGAGGGCAGGGAAUAUCUAUUUUUUUUUUAACAACUCAUUGAUUUUUGAAUUAUUGUUUACUGUUCUUUUCAGUGUCU